AAGAUCAACAGCAUUUGACCACGAAGCCUCGGUCGGGCAGAAUCUGGUGUGGAAUAUAGUAUAUAAAUUUAUCAGUACAAUCGCAGUGUUAGUGUGAGACGGAUGUGUUAAAAUUAUGGCGGAUUUUCGUGUUUUUUUCGGUGUUUUUAUGUGUGUACAAUUAGUUUUUUGCCAGUUCGGUUUCUUCGUAAACCGUGAGGAGCGAAGUCAGGGUCCGAACUUCAACAUCCCGAAUCUCCUGAACCCAAGCAGAAUAAGAGACAGGCUGACAGGUCUCUUUCAACCAAGACCAGCAGACAGAGAAAGUAACCCAGGGUUUUUCCCAUUCAGAAGACCAGGAAUCACGAACGCACAAACAGGAAGACCAGCCUACCAAGAUGAACAAUAUGGAGGCUAUUAUCAAAACUACCCAAAUCAAAAUGGCUAUAAUAAUGUGGCUAACCCAACAGAUUCAAAGUAUCCAAAUUACGGUCAAAAUGUUAACUUUGACUCGCCAAAUGGUAAUCAAUAUCCGCUAAAUUAUAAUUAUGAUAAUAACCAAUAUCCAUCGAACAAUCCAUACCCAAAUGAUUAUUAUGGAAAUCAAUACCAACCUUACAACAGUAAUGGUAAUCAACAUUACGAGCAAAACAAUUCGAAUGAUGGUGCCAAAGAUAUACCUAAUGAUCCAGUCAAUUUUGAAGGACCAACAUCAACUGAAGUUGUUAUUGAUCCAGUGAAGAUUGUUGAUAAUGUUGAAGAUCCGAUAGAUGACGCAAAGAACCCACCUCCGAUAUUGAGACCAAACCCCCAACAAACUGGGGUGAAUUUCGGAGAAGCAGAUUCGCCGAUGUUCGUAAGUGGGACAAUGGAACCUCCAACUGGAGCAGUGAAUUAUGGUGAUCAAAAUGCAGUGACAAAACUACCUGAGUUAACGCCUGUGCCUGAUACGGGCAAAAGAAACAAUUUCAAUUUCGGAUCAGCCGGAAUUUUCCAAGAGACUUGCCAGACUCCAGACAACGGAGCCGGCAGUUGCGUCUCCAUACUGCACUGUGAUCCAUACCUGAAGGUCGUCAAGGAGUCACGAACCAACCCUGCCGCUGUGCAGUUGUUGAGGAGCGCUCAUUGUGGAUUUGAAGGGAAUAACCCUAAGGUCUGCUGCCCCAGGCCAGGCAUUCCCGGGCGUCCAUCCAACCCCUCCACUACGACCACAACGAGCACCGCUGCCCCCGCGACCACUCACCCCCCCGCAGACCCGGCUCAGGGGAAGACAGCUGGAGAUUACCUGGACAAGUUCCCAAGCCCGCCCGUGUGCGGGAAAGCUAACGGACAUGUCAGCAGAGUCGUGGGAGGAGAUCCAGCCCAACUUGGAGCAUUCCCCUGGAUGGCCCUCCUGGGCUACAAGCCCAAGCGCGGUGGGCCGGGGGCCAGCUGGCUGUGUGGCGGCAGCUUGGUCAGCUCCCGGCACGUGGUCACCGCUGCACACUGCAUACACCUGCUGGAGGAGCGCUUGUUCCUGGUCCGCCUGGGCGAGCUGGACCUUGCUUCGGAGACGGAUGGCGCCACGCCUGUGGACCUCCUCAUCAAGGAAAAGAUGAAGCAUGAGCAGUACAGCACCAAGACUCACGCCAAUGAUAUUGGUGUGCUUAUCCUGGAGAAAGACGUCGAGUUUACAGCGCUCAUCAAGCCUAUCUGCUUGCCGCAAGAAGACGAAUACCGCUCGCAGACCUUCGUGGACCACUCGCCCAUGGUCGCCGGCUGGGGUUCCACUGAAUAUCGAGGUCCAUCAGCGAGCCACCUCCAGGUGAUCCAACUGCCGGUGGUGACCAACGAACAGUGUGCCCAGGCUUACUCCAACUACAACGUGGUCCACAUUGAUGACAGCAUCAUCUGCGCUGGCGAGCUGAGGGGGGGCAAGGACGCGUGUCAGGGCGAUAGUGGCGGACCUUUGAUGCAGACUCUGUACAACGCUACAGCCAGAACAGUAUAUUGGUACCAGAUCGGCGUGGUCUCCUUCGGUAAGAAAUGUGCUGAGCCCGACUUUCCUGGAGUGUAUUCCAGGGUCACACACUUCAUGCCCUGGUUAGAGGAGAAGAUAUUAGGUCGCCAACUAGCAUGAACACCUGAUAUAUCGUAAAAUGGAUGUAAAUUUUUAAUUGGUAAAUUCAUUUAUCUCAAUAACAAUCUUUCGGACGAGUUUACAAUAAUAAUAA